UUAAGAAUCUUUUUUUUUAUCUUUUUUAUUUAAUAUUGUCUUUUGUAUUAGUGACAAUCAUUAAUUCAAUUUGUUUGUUUAUAAUAUCAAGAGAUAUAUUAAUCAAUUCAUAUAACCAUUAAGAACAUGACUUAACAAUUAAUAGACUACAAAAUAACUUAUUGACAAAACUAAACACACAAUCAAAAUCAAUUAUAAAAAAUCAUGAAUAAAUUAAAGUAAAUAUAGCGUUACCAGACAACUAAAUUAACUUUUUAAAAACUUCUUGUUUGGUCAAAUGAUCCGUAACAUGAUUUUUUUAUAUAUAAUUCAAUAAUUUGUUAUAUAUUUUGAUAUGUUAUAUCACAUGUUAGUGAUCAAUGUGCAUCAUGCACAUACUAUGGAGACACAUACACAUACACACAUAUAUUUAUACAACUAUUAUCAAGAGAGUUUGCAAAGCAAAGAACAAUUUCUUAUUAAGAAGAAAUGGAUGAUGAGCAAGAUAGAUUGUUGCCUAUUGCCAAUGUGGGUCGGAUGAUGAAGAAAAUCCUGCCACCAACUGCCAAGAUUUCCAAAGAAGCAAAGCAAACCAUGCAAGAAUGUGCGACAGAAUUUAUAAGUUUUGUAACUGGUGAGGCAUCUGAUAAGUGUCAGAAAGAGAACCGCAAGACAGUGAACGGAGAUGACAUUUGCUGGGCUCUCAUUUCUCUAGGGUUUGAUGACCAUGCAGAGGCUAUGGUAAGGUACUUGCAUAAAUAUAGAGAGGCUGAAAGAGAGAGAUCCACUAACCAACAUAAAGCUUCUGGCACUGACCAAGGUGAAGAAUCCAACCAUGAAAGUAAGCAGCCAAAGCAACCAAUUGAAGCUCCUAAUAACGGAGUAGAAUUUAGGGUUCUUGAGAAGGGCAACAGCAGCUCUUUCAGAAAUCCUUCCUGAGAAAUGAUGUCCACUCUUUAUGAUGAAGUAAUGAAGAAGAAGAUCGAGAAGAAGAAGAACAUGAAGACCGUGAUGUACAAAAAAGACAAAUUUUGGAGAUUUACCUGCUUGAUAAAGAUUUAGAUCUCUUGACAAGGUUUGAUAUUUGAAAGUUUUUGACUUAAAAAAGCUUUGACAAAUCUGUAUAAUCUGAGGUAAUAUUUAAUAUAUAUUUCUCCUGAGCUUAGGGUUUCUUCGUCUUA